AUGAGGGUUUCAGACGGGCUGCAGUCUGUGUUGACUGCGCACUUUCCGCCGAACUCAGUUCAUCCUCACCAUCACCUCGAACCUCUGCGGCGACAACCACUAUGUGGUGAUCCCGAAGGCUGGGGCCCUGUGAGCUCCCUCCGAUGGGACUUGACACCCUGCUUCCUUGACGUCUGGAUCAUUGGCGUUGCCCUCUGGGGAAUCUUAUUCGGGACUGGGGCCCUUUGGUAUUUGUUCAAGAAACGCAUCGCCCAGGAGGUACCCAAAAACUGGCAUUUCUAUGCAAAACUAGCCAUCAUUGUUGCCAUCGUUCUUAUUACUGCCCUUCAAGCCGCCCUCCAAAUCGAAUCGUUACCCGGAAUAUGGUUCAAAGACAUCAGGUUCUACACGACCAUUACCACCAUCGUGUCUUUGUUAUUCAUAUUUGCUGUACAAUACCAUGAGCAUUGGCGGUCAAGAAACCCAAAUGGCGUCGUUCUGUUCUAUUGGGUCUUCUUCGUCCUGGCCAAUGCCGUAAAGCUGCGGUCGCUGGUGAGCAGAGAAGCGUACAAGAAUCGUCUCCCAUACUUUGUCGCAUUCAAUGUCGGUCUCGGUCUGGGCAUUGUGGAGUUCAUUCUCGAGUAUUUGGUGCCCAAAAAACAGAGUGCAUACGACGCACUGGGAGCAGACGAUGAAUGUCCCUACGAGUAUGCCGACAUCUUCUCCGUGCUUACUUUUGGCUGGAUGACUCCAAUGAUGAAAUUUGGCUACAAGAAUUUCCUCACUCAAGAUGAUCUGUGGAACCUGCGUAAUCGAGACUCUACCAGGGUCACUGGGGAUCUGCUGCAGAAGGCCUGGGCAAUCGAGCUGGAAAAGAAGAAACCGAACCUUUGGAUAGCUCUGGCCCGAGCGUUUGGAGGUCCAUAUCUUCGAGGAGCGUUCAUCAAGACAAUCAGCGACUCUUUGGCGUUUGUGCAGCCGCAACUCCUCCGACUUCUCAUCACCUUCGUUGACUCCUACCGGCCGGGUCAUGAGCGACAGCCAGCAAUUCGCGGUGUGGUCAUUGCAUUGGCAAUGUUCAUGACUUCAAUCUGCCAGACGGCGGCCUUGCACCAGUACUUCCAACGUGCCUUCGAGACCGGUAUGCGAGUAAAGUCAUCCUUGACUGCUAUGAUCUAUUCAAAAUCCCUCCGUCUAUCCAACGAAUCGCGUGCGACCAAAUCCACGGGCGACAUCGUGACAUACAUGAGUGUAGACCAGCAGCGUCUCGCUGACCUGAUGCAGUGGGGGCAACAGCUGUGGUCGGCGCCUUUUCAAAUCACGCUCUGCAUGCUGUCGCUCUACAACUUGGUGGGUGUUUCGUGUUUGGCUGGAGUAGCCGCCAUGAUCGUCAUGGUCCCGAUCAAUGGAUUCAUCGCCAGGUUCAUGAAGAAAUUGCAACUCUCGCAGAUGAAAUACAAGGAUCAACGGUCUCGUCUGAUGACGGAAAUACUCAACAACAUGAAGAGCAUCAAACUAUACGCAUGGGGUUCUGCAUUUAUGGAUAAGUUGAGCCAUGUGCGCAACGACUUGGAAUUAAACAACCUGCGCAAGAUCGGCGCGGCGCAGUCAUUUGCGACGUUUACAUGGUCCUCGACCCCAUUCUUUGUCUCGUGUUCGACUUUCGCAGUCUUCGUGUUGUUGAACGACCGACCAUUGACAACCGACCUGGUAUUUCCCGCAUUGACGCUGUUCAAUCUCCUGACCUUUCCUCUCACCGUACUCCCGAUGGUCAUCACCAGCAUCAUCGAGGCUUCGGUGGCUGUGGGGAGAUUGACUGCUUUCUUCACCGCGGACGAACUUCAAGACGAUGCAGUCAGAUUUAUUGACGAGCCAGCCAAGCAGGUAGGAGAGACGUCGGUUUCCAUCAAGGACGCCACUUUCACCUGGGACAAGGAUUCAGGCAAGAACGUGUUGGAGAACAUCAACUUCAACGCAAACAAAGGAGAACUUACCUGCAUUGUGGGCACAGUAGGAGCUGGGAAGUCGUCGCUGUUAUCAUCAAUCCUCGGUGAUCUUCGCAAAAUCCACGGCGAAAUUGUCCUUCGAGGCCGAAUUGCUUAUGUGGCACAGUCGGCCUGGAUUAUGAAUGCCAGCGUGAAAGAGAACAUCGUGUUCGGACACCGGUGGGAUCCGCACUUUUACGAGCAAACCAUCAAUGCUUGUGCUUUAGUGGACGACUUCCGACAACUCCCAGAUGGUGACUCAACGGAGGUCGGAGAGCGUGGGAUUUCUCUGUCAGGAGGACAAAAGGCUCGGCUUUCCCUGGCACGAGCAGUCUACGCGCGAGCAGACGUUUAUCUCCUAGAUGACGUUCUCUCUGCGGUCGAUCAACACGUUGGACGCCAUAUCAUCAACAAUGUUCUUGGCUCAAAUGGACUAUUGAAUGGAAAAGCGAGAAUUCUGGCUACAAAUGCCAUCACAGUCUUGAAAGAAGCAGAUUACAUGUACCUGAUUCGCGAUGGCUCCUUUGUCGAGAAAGGGACUUACCAGCAACUCAUGGCCAUGAGAGGCGAAGUCGCUUCACUCAUCAAGACCUACACGGCCCAAGAGCAUGAAUCAGAGGGAGAACGCAGUCCCAGCAUCGAGGGAAUGGAAUCCGAUGGUUCAACCACUGUCGUCGGUACGAAUGGUAUUCACGAUGAGCUCGAUGCAGAAGAAGCCGAGGAGUCACGACAAGAAGUUGGCGGGUUGGUACCCAUUCGGCCGGGACCCAGUGGACCUUCCAAAGCUGGGCGGAAGUCCAGCUACGCCACGCUUCGUCGCGCUUCAACCACAAGUUUCCAUGGACCUAUGGGCAGACUCACUGACGAAGAAAAUGGCGGCAUGAAGACCAAGCAAACGAAAGAGACCUCCGAGCAGGGGAAAGUCAAAUGGUCCGUAUAUACCACGUAUGCAAAGGAAAGCAACCUUAUCGCCGUGGGGAUAUACUUCAUUGCUCUCCUCGCUGCACAAACAGCGCAGAUCGGAGGCAGUUUCUGGCUGAAGAGAUGGUCUGAGAUCAACGAGUUGUAUGGUCGAAACCCCGCGGUGGGCAAGUACAUCGGCAUCUACUUUGCUUUCGGAAUCGGUGGUGCUGCAUUGGUUGUCGUUCAGACUUUGCUGCUCUGGAUCUUCUGCUCAAUUGAGGCUUCGAGAAAGUUACAUGACCGAAUGGCAUACGCGAUCUUCCGUUCGCCGAUGAGCUUCUUUGACACAACUCCUGCCGGACGUAUCUUGAACAGGUUUUCCAGCGACAUCUACCGCGUUGAUGAAGUUAUUGCACGCACGUUCAACAUGCUCUUCGUCAACACAGGCCGCGCGCUCUUCACCCUGGGCGUCAUCGCUGCCUCGACACCGAUCUUCCUGGUCCUCGUCCUCCCCCUCGGCUUCAUCUAUAUCAUCUACCAGAAAUACUACCUGCGCACGUCUCGUGAAUUGAAACGUCUGGACAGCGUCUCUCGCAGCCCCAUAUAUGCUCAUUUCCAAGAAUCCCUGGGGGGAGUGAGCACCAUCCGCGCAUAUCGCCAGCAAGCGAGGUUCACUCUUGAGAACGAGUGGCGUAUGGACGCCAACCUGAGAGCUUAUUUCCCGAGCGUUAGUGCGAAUCGGUGGCUAGCUGUGCGACUGGAGUUCAUCGGGAGUAUCAUUAUCCUGGCAGCUGCGGUUUUUGCAAUCAUCUCGGUAACGACGGGAAGUGGGCUGACUGCUGGCAUGGUGGGCCUUGCAAUGUCAUAUGCCCUGCAGAUUACACAGUCCCUGAAUUGGAUUGUACGGCAGACAGUCGAGGUGGAGACCAACAUUGUCUCCGUGGAGAGGGUACUCGAGUAUGCAAACCUGCCCAGCGAGGCUCCGGAUGUCAUCUUCAAGAGCAGGCCGAGCAUCGGGUGGCCGGCACAUGGACAGAUCACAUUCAAGAACUACUCCACUCGGUAUCGGGAUGGCCUGGACCCCGUGCUUAGAGACAUCAAUUUUAGCAUCAAGGCCCGGGAAAAGAUCGGCGUGGUUGGAAGGACGGGAGCAGGGAAAAGUUCGCUGACUCUUGCGCUGUUUCGGAUUAUCGAGCCCAUAUCAGGGCACAUCAGCAUCGAUGGCCUCAAUACUUCGACUAUCGGCCUCCUAGAUCUGCGAAGGCGGCUGGCGAUCAUCCCCCAAGACGCUGCCUUGUUUGAAGGCACCAUACGCGACAACCUAGACCCUCGCCAUGUUCAUGACGACACGGAACUCUGGAGCGUGUUAGAGCAUGCCCGCCUGAAGGCGCAUGUCUCAGGCAUGGAGGGUCAGUUGGAUGCUGCUGUACACGAAGCUGGUUCGAAUCUGAGUCAGGGUCAACGCCAGUUGAUCUCACUGGCCCGCGCUCUCCUGACGCCAAGCAACAUCCUUGUCCUGGACGAGGCAACUGCAGCCGUCGACGUUGAGACGGACAAACUGUUGCAGGCCACGCUCCGAAGCAACGUGUUUGAGAACCGCACCAUCAUCACCAUUGCCCAUCGCAUCAACACGAUCCUGGACUCUGAUCGUAUCGUCGUUCUCCAACAGGGAAAGGUUGCGGAGUUUGACACGCCCGACGAACUGAUCAAGAAGCGCGGCUUGUUUUACGAGCUCGUGCGAGAAGCUGGAUUGUUGGAUGGGUUCGGAAAUGGGACAGCGGUUCCGAACCAGCAGUAG